AUGAAAUUGUUAAAAUAUAUUUUAUAUAUAAUUCUUAUUGAAUAUUUGUUGAUGAUUGAUAUUUCAACAGCACCAAAUACAAGACAAAAUGAAAUAUCUAAACGAGGUGCAUAUGCAUAUUCAACAAAUAUUGAAAUCCGAUGUUUUUCUAAUGAUUCAAUAGUUCAAUUAACAAAUGAAGAAUAUAAACAUAUUAGUUUAAUAAAACCCGGUGAUAAACUGUUAACAAUUGAAAAAUCUUUUAUUAAAUCCACUGAAAUGGUAAUGAUGUUACAUAAAUCAAAAUUAAAAAAAGCUUUAUUUUAUACGUUUCGAACAAAAUCAGGUCAUGAAAUAAGUUUAACAGAAAACCAUUUAAUUCCAAUAAAAUCUCAUUUUAAUAAUAAUGAAAAAUAUAUUCCUGCAAAAGAAAUUGAAAAAGGAGAUUUAUUAUUUAUUUUAUUAAAUAAUAAAACAAUAAAAUAUUCACCAGUUAUAUAUAAAACACUUGAAAUAAAACAAGCUUAUUAUGCACCAUUAACAAUCAAAGGUACACUAUUAAUUAAUAAUAUUUUAUCAAGUUGUUUUGCAAAUGUUAAAAAUCAUAAUUUAGCUCAAUUUUCAAUGUUUCCAUUAAGAUGUUAUUAUACAUUUUUAAAAUUUUUUCAUUUAAAUCAUUUAUUUAAUAAUAAUAGUGAAGAUAUUAAUUGUGGAUCUAGAGUAACUGGAAACACUGGAGCACCUGGAGCAACAGAAGCAACUGGUGGUAGUGGUGUACCGUAUACAACCUCGUCGAGGUUUUGUCUCUGA